AUGAUUUAUAACAAGAGACGAGUCAUAAUUGUUGCCCUUAUCUUCGCUUCAGCUUGCGCAUGGAUGGUUUUUGUCUAUUUCACUAUCACUUUCCAUAAUCUGGAACGCCCGUCAGAGCUACAAAAUGCGCCUACCUGGGCAAAUACUACCCCUAUAGUCCUUAUGGCCCCAGUAAAAAAUCAAACAGAAAUCAAUGACACAGACGACUCAGAUAUAAACGAAACUUUCCAUCAACUGAUUGAUUUUAAAGACUUGAGAAGGAAUAAGAGAGCAGUAUUGCUAUUGAUCAUCGUUUCCACUGCACCAGCAAGAUUUGAAAGAAGACAGGCAAUAAGAGAAACGUGGUGGAAACAUUGUUUUGGCAAUCAGACUCAGGUAGGCAGGCAACAUAGGUUCUUUGUCGCCAGUUAUCUCACGAUCUCACGAUGACGUUUCUUUCAGUAAUAUCUAAUCAUUUCGGUCUUCUUUAACAAAUUAGCGAAUAAUUUUUAAACCGCUCGAUAGAUUUUUUUUAAAAAAAUUUAAGAUUCUUGAGAUUAAUGUUCCUUUAAUAUGACCUUUUACUUUCAGGAUUAUUGAUAUAUUGUAAGGCAGUAAAAUAAGGGCUACAAUUCGUUUCUUUUUUGUUCCGGAAAAGCUCGAUGUGGGAUUUUUAUUCUGUGGACAUGAAGUGCGGCAAGUAGAGUGCGUGAUAGUCAAGUACAAAGCUACCCGUCUAAACACAUACGUAACGCAGACGGGUAGUUAAAGUUGCUUCCAGUAGUAGUCGAAGGUUAAAUCAUUGAUAUCUCAAGUGUUUAUAAAGUGCAACGCGACUUCACAUCUUAACAGCUGCGAAAAUCUAUGAAUUAAAUACAUACACAGCAUACAACAAAGUGAAUCUAUUUAACCGUGGAGUCCCAGUAACUGCGACAAUAUUCCGAGAAACGUAACGCCUCAAUACACCACAAAUAGGAUUUCUCGCUAUAAUAUUUUCUCAUCAUACUCGGGGUAUUUACUUUAUCAUACCCGUGUAUAAUAACACGAAAAUUAAGGGCCUCGAUUCGGGGAAAAUUACAUCACUGCCAAACAGCGAAAACGUAAUCAACUUACAUGCGUCAUUUCAGUCAUCACCAAAAAUAAACCGCAUGCUCAUCACGAGACUCAUUUGCAUACAAUGAAAGUCGUCACCAUUCUUAUCCCCAGUUUCCACGGUCUCUGCUUGGAACGUUUGAGAGCAUGGCGUCCUAAUUGGUGCCCACACACAAAGAAAAAAAAAAGAAACGCCUGCAUUUUUAGAGUCUAGCCGUGCUAAAGCAAGCUCGACUAAAAAGUUCCUCAAUAGAGUACUAAAGUGAUGACGUCCUAAAAAUGAAAUUUCUCAAAUUAUGAGAUUUGUCAAGAUAUUCUGAAAGAAUGUCCAAGAGGCCUACUUGCCAAAAAUGAACAUUUCGGGGCAAAUUGUCUCCGAGAUCGUAGCCCAGUUAUACUCAGAAAACUCGAUACAAACCCUUCCAAUUUUUUUUUGGGUCGACCCAAAAAAAAUUUAGAAGGGUUUGUAUGGAGUUUUGUAAGCAUAACUGGGCUACGAUCUCAGCGACAAUUUGCGCCCAAAUGCUCAUUUUUGGCAAGUAGGCCUCUUGGACAUUGUUCUUUCAGAAUAUCCUGACAAAUCCCAUAGUUUCGGAAAUUUCAUUUUUGUGACGUCACACUUUAGUACUCUAUGAAUCAUUGGCGAAGGUGUCUUGGUUAUAAAUAGAGAAAACAGAAUUUAAUUUCGUGAAUCUCAGUGCUUUUCCAGAAAACGUUCAGUUUCGUCAUUUCAUCAUUUUUACCUCACCAAUGUAUGGAAUGUGUGAAAAGAGAGCUACACAACCGAGAGAAUACUAUUGACUGACAACAUACAGAGCAGGGGCAGCUGUAGUGUCAACUUUUACUAGUAAUACAUGUACUCUAGAGAACUGUUUCUUUCAAAUUUCGUCUUAUUCUUGUGCAUAUCUACGCAUAAUUUAUGAAAAGACAAGGGUUCACGUUCCCCUGAGACCUCUAUUGGGAAAACAAAACACACAAGCGAAAGAGGUCUAUUAACGGGCCCGAAAAGCUGUUGUCGUUUACAUUAAAGCUCGAGGUUUCAGUAGGUUAACAAAUAAUAUGAUAAAACUAUCAGGAUGUAAUCUGAAUAUUUGAUUUCGGGCCCGUAAAGUUACCGGGACUUUCGAGAAACGGGCCCCAGGAGCAUAGUCCCUUGGAGUCUCGGCUCGGUCAAUCCUGGGCCGGGUUGUUCAAAGCAGGGGUUAAGAUAACCCAGGGUUAGUGCGAAGUAUAAAUUCAGAUAUCAAAUUCAGAAAUCAAAUUCAGUUUAAUUCUUUUUGCCUGUAAUGUAAUGAAUUGAUGCUCUAUAACGAAUAGUGAAAAUUAUCCGGGAAAAUGCUUUUGAACAAAAGAAGAAGAAACCCAGAAUAAACCUUAAUACUGAGUUAGGAUUAAUCGGCUUUCGAACAAGUGGGCCCUGGACUAUACCGUGAGCUGUGACGUCAUCGACAGAGACUCGCCCGCUUUUUCCCAGACCUCACGCGGACAACGGGAAAGACAGAACGCCUAGGGACUAGGCUGGGGUUCCAGGGCUUUUCUCUUGGACUCUGGGAGGGUCCAAUCCCAGAUUUACACGAGAAAGGCCCUGAAGAUGGCUCACACGACACCCGGGACAUUAGGGCAGUUCUGACCUCGUGAGUGUAACUUGAAUUUUUCUUUCUUCAGGUUGAAUGUGUCUUCAUGACUGAUGGACUUAUAACAGACAGAAUUCAACGUAACCUUAUUUUAAACGAAAAGGAUAAAUACAAGGAUAUUAAGCUCCAGCCUCUUAAAGGAGGCCGUGGGCAGUUUGGAUUCCGUUUCCUUAACCAAAUCAAAUGGGCAGCGGCAAAAUUUAACUUUCAGUACCUACUUAGAAUGGAUGAUGACUACUUCUUGUGCCCAAAAAGGCUUCUUUUUGAGCUUCCAUUGAGACCAAAACAAAAUCUAGUCUGGGGAUCUUUCCACUGUCAAAUAGGAAUCACAUGGGUGGAUGAAGCAUUUAUGAUAUUCUCCGAAGAUAUUAUCCAGAAGUUCUUGGCACAGAACGAAAGCUCGAUGUUGUGUCAUCCACAAGCGGACCAACAAGUCAUGUUGUGGCUGAACAGUAUUCUAAACAAAACAUACUUCCACGAUACCAGGUUACAUCAUCAUCCUCCAGCGUCCCAUGUUCCUCGAUUUAGUAACAUCUCGAAUGUUUGUGACUCCUAUUUAGGCGCGCAUGGGGCAUACGGUGAGACCAUGUAUUAUCUGGGGCUAAGAGCUAAUGACAACGCUAAAGAUCAUUCAGCCAUUCCUGAUUUUGCAAAAUUUUGUAAAACCACAAAGUUUGAUCACCGUGCAUUUCGUGGUAUGUGGCGACAUGAACCCAAGCCCUGCAAAGAUAACCCAACGUGGGACUUGGGAGAUGAAAUGUGGUUUGGUAAGGAAGUUGGUCAAGGAAUGUAA